ACAGUGUGCAUUUUCUAUUUUUUUUUUUUUUAGGUGUCACAAUUAGGCAGUGAUUCAAUCAUUUGUAUUUUUUUAUCCUUAAAUGCAACUUGGCACCUCUUAGAAUCUGUUUGUCUGAAUGAAAAGUUUGUCAAAAUUCAAAAGGUAAAUUUGACAUUGGGAGCCCUAAUACAACAUAGGAUAACUAUAAGGUGAGUGAUUAGAAAAAAAAAAGCCAUAAUCCCUACAAGUACAUAAUCCCUUGCUUAAAAUACUUUGUUGUGACUGCAGAUGUAGCUGUCUGCUUUUUGUUGUGGAAUUGAAUUGUGUGUGGGCAUGCGUCAAUUUUUUUUCCACUUACAUUGAUGCAUUUUUAGAACUGGAGAAGCAGAGGAGGCCAGUGAAUUUACAGCUCAUGGUAAAUCCUACCCAGUGAACCCCCAUUACACACACAUCAAACAGAGGACAGCAGGUCAGAGCUGGAGUUCAGACAGCUGUUGGCCUCCAGAUGUUCACAGGUUGGACAAUGUAUGCAUCAGGCCCUUCGGCUCCGGGACACGGGAUGCGUCAGGACCGGGCUCCGUGGGACAAGAUCAGAUUCUCCAUGGGUUGAGUCCUCAGGGGGCGAACAUGAUCGGGUCACCGGACCUGUUGGCCUUCGCCGGUGCUGAGGGAUUUUCGGGUGAAGGGGAGGAGGAGCAGGAGGUUGUGGGUCUGCCUGAGGAGCUCUCCGUCCCGCUGCUCCCUCCGUCCAACCCCUGGAGCUGCUCCGCACAGUUCAACAGAGACUUCAUCCUGGUGGCAGAGUUCUCCGAGCAGGUGGGACCCACUCCAGUCUUGACGAUUCCAGAUGACCCCAGGGUUAUUGGCUCAUUUGACCUCAACCACUUCUCUGUUCGCAUCAUGUCCGUGGACUACCAGGCAUCUGGCCCAGGCCCAGUUCCGUCCACAUCCCCCGGGCCCCGCCUGAAUUUCAGCGAGGACUCCAAAGUGAUCCUGGGAGAUUCAGCUGAGGACGCCUUUGCAUACGUUCACCAUGUGACCCUGUACGACCUGGAGGCCCGGGGGAUGGUGCGUCCGUUCUGCAUGGCCUAUGUGUGUUCAGACCAGAUGAAGCUGAUGCAGAAUUUUAGUGAACUUUCAACACGCUUCUCUCGGGCAUCUGACAGCCUCAAGACUGGAAAUAGACAGGCAUUUUCUAUGGAGCUUCAGGGGAAACUACAGGAACUAGAGUUCAAGCGUCUGACUCUAAAACAGGAGGCGGAGCUUUCAGCAUCAGCCAAUGGUAUCAAAGACGUAGGAGAAGAUGCUGAUGAGCUGGAAGCCAUAGAACGCUCCAUCCUAACCCACAGAGAUCUCCUGCGCCAAGUCACAUCUUACCCAAACAGGAAGCUAAAACAGCCCGACUUCCUGCCCUACGACCCCGCUGACUCCCUCCCUGAUAUGUCAUUUCUUCCUCCUGAGCCCCAUCCUUUGCCCUCCACCCCUUGCAGAUCGGAGCACCACCUGAAGCCUCUGCAGGAGCUCUGCAAUGCCUACUUCCUGUCCCUGAUGAAGGAGCAGCUGGCAGACACCGAGCGCCGCCUCCGUGGGGACAGGAGCGUCCUGGGUACAGCUCGUGUUAUCAGCUCUCUGUCCAAGAGGCUCACACUCACCAACUUCCUGUUUGAGCUCUGGACUCGAGAUGAUGGAGAGGAGGAGGAGGAGGAGGAGAGGGAGUGCCUGGAGGCAGAGCUUCACCGGACCACAGGGGCAAAAAGAGGUAUUGAUGCAUUUCAAGCAGAGCCAGUGAGUCUGGAGUCCUUCUGCUCCUGUGUGGAGGAGAUCCCAAUUAAACUGGAGCCAGUGACCUCUGACCCCAGUGUUUCCACGGAGAUGACGGGUAGUGUGAGCAGCAGCGACAGCAUUGAGGUGCUUGGGACAGAGAAGUCUUAUCGGACACAGCAUGCCGCCGCUGGAUGUGACAGCAGAGAUGCUCCAGCCAUAGUGAUGGACUCUCCUCUCAGGCGUGUGGCAGCAGAUGCAGGCGUCAGGCGUGUGCGAGCGUACGCCAGACGUGCCAACAGUGAGGACAGCAUCGAAGUCCUGAGCACCACUGAGUCCAUCUUUCCUGACGACCUCACCUCCAUCACAGAGGAAGAGGCCGAGAACCAGCCCAUGAGUAACGGCUUCGACAACCACAAAGACUCACCGAUGGAGGAGAAAUAUGACGACGCCUGUAAAGCCGAGGAGCCAAUCACAGAGGAAACACCUGAUCAUGAGCACAAGGUCAACAUCAAACAGAAUCCAGUACCUGAUGUUCUGAAGACCACUCACAUCCAUGAAGACAGAAGACAUGACACAAUGUCCAGGCUACUGCAAGCUGAAGACGUUGUGGAUUCAACUCCUCACUGGUCUGAUGCUCAGACAUUGCCUUUGGUCCCAGACCUCCAUGUGAACUUUGCCCCUCUCACGUCCCUGUCAGUGGUGGGUCGCUGGUCUCAACCUGCCGCUCCGGUCCGCAUGCUGAGCGUGGACGAAACAUCUGAAUGCACCAGCUUCAACAGCUCCUCGGACCCCCCCUCCCCCACACAGAACAUCAGCAACAACAGCCCUGUAGAGAGGAAGAGGAGGAGAAGGAAAGCCGGACUCCGAGCCCUCAGGUUCCUCAAACAGAACUCAUUCUCCCAGCAUGCAGUGUUUUGUCUAAUGAGUGGACGGCCGCUGGUUGUCAUUGGAGGCGAUGAAGGUCUGUUGAGGAAACACGUGGACGCUCUGACCCUGUUCCUACCCGCACCUGGGGCUGAUGGGAGUGCCGUGAUGCCAUGUUUGACCACAGCCCUUCAGCUGACAGACCUGCUCACAUGGAGACUCAUAGGCUUACACAGAUCAGCGUCCAGCUCUUUGUCUGGUAUUCUUCACUCUCUGACUCGUUACAGCCGUUACGUGGCCGUGCUGGAUCUGGACCAGAGGACUCUACGCUGUCCGUCGUACUCCGGCUCCCUGCUCAGCCGACUGGCUGACCCUCACACCGCCAUCAGCCGAGGCAUCACCUACCUGCUGCAUCUGGAGAGCUGCCUGACCGCACUGCAAAACUAUGCGCUCUUAUAUACAUUCAGUACCGGGUUUCAACAUGUGGACGCAGCUGGAACAAGUGACGGCGCAGAGGAAGGAGAGGACUGUCUGUUAACGCCAAGAUUCUGCAGCACCAACAGCGAUCUGACAGUCAUGCGUUUCCUGUCUGAUGUCAUGAAACAGCGCCAUGCGGGACGUGGCCCUCCGGUUUUAAGAUUUUCAUACAGCUCAGUGCAGCUUCACAAAAAUACAGCUGCAACAUAGUUCAAACAUGGACAAAAACAAUCAUGAAAUGUUCAAGCAAAUCCACAGGGUUCUCUGUCCGACACUGGGAACAUUUAACAAACGUGCAUGGUUGUAUUUGCAGUGUUGUGCAAACUUAAUAUUUAUGUUUGGUUCUUCCUCCGUCAUGCACCAAAUGCUGGACUCGAGUGCACUUUAAGACUUUAAAUGCUGAUUAUUGUUUGACGCCACAGAAUCAUAUAUGAAGACUAAGAUAAUGCCUAACUCAAAGAUUACUGUUGAAACUGGUAUGGUACUGUAGGGGAAAGCUGGAGACUGUUUAUUGUCUGUUACCUGGCAACCACAUUCAUCUGUCUAAUUUGCUUUGUAGAGUGCAUUUGUACCCUUCUCCCACUCAUUUCUACACCAUCAGAGGUAGUUGUCCAGUAUUGGGGGGGGUUUGAAUACAGUGACUGAGGAGCAGCUGUGGAGUACGUCUGAACGACCAAAACAGCAGCUACUGAUGUCAACACUCUUCUGAAUCUGCAGUCACAUCAAGGUCAUAUCAGGUGAACUGGACUGUACAUUUUUUUCUCUGGAACAAUCUGCUUUGACAUUAACAUAUUUAUCAUUUCAUGUUAUUGUAGUUUAAAGCUGCAGGAUACUGAAAUUAAGUGUAAAAGCAGCACUCUCCUUUCUGUCCAAAUCAAAAGACAUGAAACGACAUUGAGCCCAUUUACAUGACUGAAAAUCUGAUAACAGAGUAAUCAGAUAAUUAAUAAUCAGAUUGAUGCGUUUACUUGCACUUCAAAAAUGCAAUAAUCGAAAAACAGAUGUUUCAGUCCAUUAUCAGAUUUCUAUCGGGGUCUAUACGCAUGUAGUGACAGUAGACUCAAACUUCCUAUUAGUGUCUUCUGCUCACAUUCGACUACAUGACUUUCUCUGUUUUUUCUUACUUUUUUUUUUUUUUUAACUGAUUUACUGAUCUGAUUUUUCACAAUCAGAUAAAUCUUAUUACAUUAUGUUGUUUACAUGAGCACUUGAAUAAUUUGAUAACUCCUGAAACUGGAUAAUUAUCAGAUUUUUAAUGUGCAUGUAAACGGGCUCUGUUAUAAUACACAAUCCAGUUACAGCUGUCAAUCACAUAUUUAACAACCCCCCCCCCCCCCCCCAACCUGAUCCUCUGAUUGGCCAAAACCUUUCAUCACUAAGCUUUUCUAUAGCCUCCAAGUCGACUCGAGAAGAUGCUCAAGUCUAGUUACCUCUGACCACUUGAACAAUAUGCUGAAUUUUUUUUUUUUUGCAGUGAAACAAAAAAGUAGAGUACAUAAGGGUUUCAUUCUCCUAAGAACUGAAAAUGAACAAAGAGGCUCCAGACUAAUUCCCGAUGGAGGAUUAGUCUGGUGGUGCCAGGUUAAUGACCUGUUGUUCUGUUAUUUAACCAGCUGAUGGUUGAGACGCAACUAAAAGUCCUACGUUAUGCUUCCGAGCAGAGCUGCACACAGAAGACAAAAAAAAUGGUAACUUCAGAUUAACAUUUCAUUUGAUCAACAAUAAAGUUUAGACUGAACUUCAUCAGUUGCAGUGGAAAAGUUUAAGGAGUGGAGAAACCAGGAGAACAAUCAAACUAUGCAAAUAUCAGAUUUAGGGAAGCCUCUACAGAUUAUUUACUGAAUUUUCUUGAGUCAAAAAUAAUGCUGUGCUAUCAGAUCACCAGUUAAUUGUUGCAGCUUUAACUGUUUGAGCCUCACUAUUGCUUUAGGAAUCAAAACUAUGAACCACGGUUAAUAAAUGACAGAGCAACAGUCUCCUGCUGUUUGACACUGGAUUUCAGUUUUAAUACAUUUAUGAGCCCAUUUCAAUGCACGUACUGUAUACCCCGCUUCAAUUAAAAAUUAUUUCUGCGUCUCUGGGACAUUAAAGCCACCACAAACACAAAUGUCUAAUUUACAGAACCAUUGAAUGUUUUAUUUGUCGUCUUCUGUUACAUAAUAAACAUUGUAAUAGAAGUGACUAUAUGGAAAAAUAUUCUAAAUGAUCGUUGCUGUCCAAAAAAAGGGUUUAAAAAUUUAACAGUAAGACCUUCAGCAGACGAUGAAGCAAUGAGACAGCAUUAUAAAGUGUCUGUAUAGUUGAAAAAAAAAACAUAAUGUGUUUAGAGUCUCGGCAGUGUGCAAUGAACUGGUGUCAUCGGUUGUCUUAUGCUCACACAUUACUGUCACUUCAGUUUCCUCAUCACUGUCAACUGGAGCGAGUGCAAAUUGUUUCAGGACAUCCACCGAUCCAUCUCCAUUAGCGAUGAGAUCCAGCUA